AUGUCCGCCGCCCCGUGCCUAGACAAAUCCCCCGACAAGUACGAUGAUUGCCUGGCUGAAAUGGACCAGCAGUUACAGCAGCACGCCAAGGAGUACCUCCGCGAGGAUCCGGAACUUCGCCAGCAGAUGCUGGAUCAGCUUAGAGACUGGAUUGCUAAGCAUCCUCACAUCAGGCAGAUCCGCACCGACGCCAUCUUCCUGCUGAAGUUCCUUCGAGCGAAGAAGUUCAAUUUUAUCAACGCUGCAAAGCUGCUGGAACGUAAUCUGGCGACGAAAGUGCUGCACCGGGAAUGGUUCGGACGGUUGGACAUUGAAGACCCGGUACUUGCCGCUUUGGUGGACUCCGGCUAUCUGUUUCCCCUGCCGGAACGGGACAGCAAAGGAAGAACGCUGGUCUUCAGCGUAACGUCCGGAAUGGAUCCGACUAGGUACACCGGGCAGCAAGUAUCCCGUCUGCACAUGCUGACAGCUGAACUUUGUGGCGAAUCGAACGAGUUCCAGUGCGGUGGGUUUAUUCUGGUGUAUGACUUUUCAACUAUAACACUUGCGCAUCUGAAUAUUGUGUCUUUCAAUGAUAUUCGGUUGCUAUCAAAGGUAAUAAACAAUUCACUGGCGUUGCGAGCCCAGGAGAUCCAUUUUGUCAAUACUCCGAGUGCGGUUUUGACGAUAGCGAAUUUUGCUCUGCAGUUGGCAAAUGAAAAACUUAGGAGCAGAAUCUUUUGUCAUCGAAAUUGGGAAGAGCUGCAUAAGAAAGUGGACAAGAAUCUUCUACCGAAGGAGUACGGUGGCAGGAUACCUCAAGCGGAGUUGAUCGAGUCCUUUAAAAGUCGCUGCAAGGAAAUGCGCCCACUUCUGCUGGCGUAUGAUGAGAUGGAUAUAGAAAUUUCCAAAGACUCUGAAUACAGUGCCGAGCGUGAUGAAGUUGAAUUGGAACCGGGAGUGAUUGGAACGUUCCGGAAAUUGCAAGUUGAUUGAUUGUCGUCUGUUAUGUGUGGAGACUGCUAAUUU